AUAAGAAAAAAUUACUAUCAAACGAGAAAACACCAAAACCAUACUCUUACCUUACUCUGAGUUUAAAUGUUUAAGGUCCAUGACCAAAACAAUAGCAGUGAUAGUUAAUUAGGUGGCCAAUAGGAUUAUUAUAUUUUUUUUCUUGGAUACAAAUUAUUACGUGAGUAGAUUGUGUUUGCUCGCGGAUCAUUAUGUUUUGAAAUCCAUUACCUUAUAUAGUAAUAGAAACGUAUAUAAUGAAAGAAUUGUUAUGUAGUAUAUAGUACAUAAUAAUAUGUAACAAUUUAAUUUCUCGAUCGUUAACAAUAAAUAAUAAUAAAUUAAACUGUAUACUUAAAAAUGAAUCUGAACAACUCGUUGUUAGGCAGGUCCAUUACAAACAGUAUAUAAUAAACAACGUUAUCUUCUAAAACAAGCAACAAAAAUUUGACAAACAGUUAGUUAAUCCAUGUUCUUAUUAAAUUAUUCAUACAGUUUUGUACAAUAUGAUACCAGGAGCUGUGUGCAAAGCAUUAACACUUUUAUUUGGUGUAAUGUAUCCAGCAUAUGCAUCAUACAAGACGGUGAAAAACAAAAAUGUGAAAAAUUAUGUUAAGUGGAUGAUGUAUUGGAUAGUUUUUGCAGCAUUCAUAUGUAUCGAAAGCUUAACUGAUAUAUUCCUUGAAUUUUGGUUCCCAUUCUAUUAUGAUAUUAAAUUGCUCGUGCUGUUAUGGAUUUCUUGUCCAUUUACAAAAGGUUCAACAAUUCUAUACAAACAACUAGUACAUCCAACUUUGUUAAAAAAAGAAACGGAUAUUGAUGAAUUUUUGGUCAAUGUUAAAUCACGUACCUACAAUGCUUUAGCAUCAACCGCCAAACAAACAUUUCAAAUGACAGCUGCAAUUGUUGCCCAGCACACAUUAGUUGGGCGUAUGCCAAUGAUUCUUCAACAAAUGGUUACUUUGGACAAUGAAUAUUUACCACAAAAUCCAGAAGCCGUCAUAAGAAAAGUGAAAAAAAAGAAACCCGCAACCAUUAUUGUAGAAGAUACUGUAUCCGAUUCUUCUUCUGACUACUCAUCACCAAUAGACUCUACUAUUGUAGUUGAAGAUGUGCCCAUUCAGAGACCUAAACGUAGUAAAGUGCAAUAUCAACAAAAAUCUACUACAUUAAUAAAUAAGAGACAGUAAUUUAUAAUUACCAUGCUAUAUUACCAUGUUCUAUUACAAAAAUAUCUUGUCAUAACAAUAAAUCUUAAUCGCGUACCAAAAAUAUAUCACAGCCCAAGACAAAAUUGCACGGUUUUUUUUUAAUUUCCACUUCCACAAGUUGUAAGUUUGUAACCACUAAAGUUUUCCAUUUUUUUUUAAAUUAUUAGUUUAGUUUAACAUAUUUACAUUUUUGAUGUUGAACAAAAUAAUAUUUAAUACUGUAGAAACCUAUUAUUUUAUAGUUUACUAUAUUCUUAUUGUACAUUUACUAAUUUAGUUAUAAGAUAUAAUCUUUGACAUAAAUAAUUAAUAAAAUAGAAAGACAAAAUAUUUAAAAGACUAACAAAUAAAGGGUAUAUAAUCAAUAAUCAUAAUAUUAUGUUGCUCACACUACAGUUGUUUCCUUAUAUAACGGUGCUACUUAUAAGUUAAUUUAUGUUUAGAAAUAAUCUUUAUUUUAGUUGGUAAUUUCAUCUCAUUUAUAAAUAUUGAAAAAUAUAUAACUAAUUAAAUUGUUUUUCUAUCAAGUAUUAUUUGGAAUCUCCUUUAUACUAAGUAUUAUUUUGAACAUUUUAAAACUAUUGUUUAAGAAUACAUUUAAAUUUUGUAAAAAUUAUAUUUAUUUUUGAAAGUAUUAUCUUAUAAACAACAUGUUUUUUUUUAUCUAGUCACAAACACCAUCACAAAAUAAAUAUUAUAUAUAAUCUGUACUAAGACUUUAAUUAUAAUAUUAUUUACAUUAGUUUAGUAAUUUUAGACAAAAUCAAACGUUAUUGUUAUUGUUACUGAUUUGUAUAUUUUAUUAAUAUAUUCAUAUUUAUUAUGGUGACAAAA